AUGGAUGCCCCUUCAAUCCCCCAAAUCACAAUCGAAGAAGCCAAAAGCGUGGAGGAUUUGGACACCGACGACCACCUGGACAACUUGAAGGCCCUGGCACAGAAACUAAACCUGCAGACUCGGAGGCCUUCGUACCUGGAGUGGAAAGCCAGGUUGGAUGCAAAAGCUCCUGCAGAGGAAUUACCAGGAUCUGAACAAUUCCCAGUGGAGAAUGUUAUGAGGGAGAAAGAAGGCGCACUGUCGUCUGAGAUGCUUCAGGCAUACAACAACAUCGAUGAGUCCCUCGCUUUCCUCAGGAGAGAACUGAUGGACAUGCGUGUGCAGGAUCAGCAGUUGGCUAGGCAGCUCAUGGCGCUCCGAGGGGACAUCAACCAGCUGAAGAUCGAGCAGACAUGCCACCUCCACCGGCGAAUGCUCAACGACGCCACCUAUAGUCUGGAGGAGAGAGACGAGCUGUCGGACUUGCUGUGUGAGUGCCCUGUCACUCCCGGGCUGGGACUGUCUGCCCCACUGCGCCUCAUAGGGGUCACCAAGAUGAACAUCCACUCUCGCCGCUUCUCACUGUGCUAA